AUGAGAUGCAAAGUAUCGCCCACAUCAACCUGGCUGCCAUCGCCAAAGAGGAGUGAUCAUGUGCUGACCAAGUGGCUUGGGCGGCAGGUGCAGUUGAUUCAGCACAUCUUCGACAAAACGAAGGUGGCGAUUCGCUCCUGGGGCCGCUACGUGCCGUGGCCGGUGGUGCAAAACCUCCUGGUUGCCGGCGUGGCGGUGCAAACGCAACUGGAGGAGCGAGAGGUGAGCCUCUUCUUUUCUGACAUGGCAGGAUUCACAAGUAUUGUGGAACAACUGGUGCCGGAGCAAACUCUGGUUUUGCUCAGCCGAUACUUCAAUGACAUGUCCAAGAUAAUCGAACACCACGACGGCGUGGUCAUCGAGUUCAUCGGGGAUGCCAUCCUGGCCGUCUUCGGUGCGCCCGCGAAGAUCAAGGAACAUGCUUUAGCCUGCGUUCGCGCCAUGAUGAAGAUGCAGCGAGGCGUUCAGAGGAUCAACCAGUGGUCGAAGAAGAAAGGUUUACCUCACGUGAGCAUCCGCUGCGGGAUUCACUCCGGCUGGGUUUCUGUGGGAAACUUGGGCUUCCACUCACGUCUCAAGUUCGGUGUCAUCGGUGAGCACUCCACGCUUCCCGCGAAGCUGGAAGAGCUCAACAAGACCUAUGGCACCAGCAACCUGAUCUCUGAGGCCACCUACCGCCGCCUGCAAGAUGAGUUCGUGGUGAGACCCAUCGACUAUGCAGAAAUGUACGGCGAGGGCGAAGACUUGGAAGAGCAGGUCUAUGAAGUGGUUUGCUUCCUAAAUGGUCGACAAAGCUUCAAGAACAACCUUCGCGAGUCCUUGGCGAAGAAGUACGAGCAAGCGCUCAGAUACUAUGUAGAUCGGAAGUUCGACAAAGCUGCGGCGAUUUGGAGAGAGGUGAGCCUGCAGACGGGCCAGUAUUUUGGUUUGUUCGACAAGGCGUCGGUGGUGAUGAGGAAGAGGGCCUGCUACUACCAGCGCCACCCUCCAGCACCGAACUGGCGUGGCAUUUGGACCCUCUCCCGGGAGCCCACCGCGGAGGACGGAGUCGACGAAGAGGUGGUCUAUGUGAGCAUUUGA